UAUUUGGUUUAGUAUUGCCUACAGGUAGUGCGUACACUACAGUCACAGUUCCGUCAGUCUCUGCGACUUUCUUAUUUUACCACUCUUUGUAUAUAAUAAUAAUAAUAAUAAUAUCAAUAACAACAACAUAAUAUUUAUUUACUAUUAGUUUUACCAUGAGACUUUUUCUGUUGUUACUUUGUGUCGGGCUCGGAUCGUCAAAUCAAAAUACGGGAAAUUCCGAUGGCUGUACCGCCCCGUUUCUACUACCGAACAAACCGUUCGUAGUUGUAUGGAACGAGCCGUCUGGUGAAUGUGGCCCAGUGGAACUGAAUUUGACGGAAUGGGGGAUCGUGACGAACAAAGACGACCGCUUUGGUGGCGAUGAGCUGACCAUUUUCUACGUUCUAGGGGACUGGCCCUACUUUAGAAAGAAUGGAUCGGCCCACAAUGGCGGGAUUCCGCAGGUUGCGAACAGAAUAAAACACCUGGAGAUGGCUGCCGAUCAAAUCAAUGACGCCAUCCCAAAUAAGGAUUUCCAAGGUCUCGGCGUCAUCGACUUUGAGUCAUGGCGGCCACUGUUCGGUCAAAACUUCGACUCGCUGUUCAUCUACAAGCAGCGAUCGGUAGACCUGGUUAAAUCCAGGUUCCCAUCUUGGACGAACAAGACUCAAAUUUGGAACGAGGCCACGAGGGAGUUUCAGAAUGCCGCUAGACUGUUUAUGGAAGGGACGUUAAAAUUAGCAAGAUACCUGCGACCGAAUGGUAAAUGGGGUUACUAUGGCUACCCGAGGUGUUACGGAGUGUCACCGAGUCGUUUGACUUGUUCUUACCCCGCCACGUCGACCGCUAAUGAUGAAAUUGGUUGGUUGUUCAAAAAUAGUAUGGGUCUUUUUCCUCGUAUCUACACAAACCCGAAUACACCUCUAAAACCUCGGGCCGAAUUUGUCCGACAGCAGGUCAACGAGACCCUCCGAGUGCAGGCGAAAUUUAACGAACUCUACCGACCCAUAAUGCCUUACAGCAUGUGCCAGGUUCGGAAGGUUUUCUUCAACGAGCAAGAUCUCGACAUUUCCAUCAAAGAACCGGCGGACAUGGGGGCGUCCGGAGUCGUUUUGUGGGGCAGUUCUUCCCUGUUUCACCUCAAAGACGAGUGUUACAAACUUCAGACGUAUAUCAAGACCGUACUCGGUCCGUUUGUUAUGAAACUGACCAACUUUACGACAUCGUGCUACAGAGAUCACUGCAGCGGUCACGGUCGGUGCGUACGUAAAGAUUACGAGGCUAUGACGCAGCAGCACUUGAGGGAAAACAACAAAGCCGCCUGCAGGAAGCCGUCGGCGGAAUAUGCCGAUUCGGCACGAAAUCCGAGGACGGAAUAUGCCGAUGCUGCCCGGAAGGCGCCGAUGGAAAAUACCGAAUUCGCUAAACUAAAAUUUACCGGCUACGACGAUGCUAUGCGAAAGAAUUCGUUAAAGUUUGUGAACACUUUUGAGGAUAAUUCUGAUAGAUUUGCAAACGGAAAAAAUGGUCCAUAUGAUAACUACGUCUGCCAUUGUUUACGUGGGUGGGGUGGGCCACGUUGUUCUAAACCAGUGUAGAUCAUUGUGAAUUGAUGUGCACUACAUCAUAAAAUCGCUGUAGACCUAGUAUAUUAUACAUGAUAUCAAAAGUUAAAUGUUUAGUUUUGUUUUGUUUAACGACACCACUAGAGCACAUUGAUUUAUUAAUCAUCGGCUAUUGGAUGUCAAACAUUUGGUAAUUUUGACAAAAAUUUUAGAAAUGAAACCCGUGACAAUUUUUUCAUUAGUAGCAAGGGAUCGUUUAUAUGCACCACUCCAUAGACAGGAUAGCACAUACGUGGUCAUUUUGUUUGUUGGGCAGUCCUUCCCUGUUUCACUUCAAAGACGAGUGUUACAAACUCGAUAUACCAGUCGUGGCUCACUGGCUGGAGCGAGAAAUAGCCCAGUGGUCCAACUGACUGGGAUCGAUCUCAGACUGACCGCGCAUCGAGCGAUCACUUUACCACUGGGCUACGCCCCGCUCC